AGCGGAGAUACAGCAAUCCUGGAAUCACCUGGCCUUGGAUACAAACGCGGGAGCAUCACAGAAGGGAUCGGAGAGGGAGGAAAUCCACCCCAGCAUAGUAGAGAUGAGCUCCUGGAUAUUCCUGCUGCUGUCCUUCCUGCCGUUGAGUUUUGCAAGCUCUCCAGAGCCGCAAUAUGCCCUGAUUGUGCCAUCCGUCCUGCAUUCCGACACAUCCAACCAGGCCUGUGUACAUCUUCAGUACCUCAAUGAGUCAGUUUCCUUGAAGAUUUUGCUGGACUACAACAUGGACCACUAUCCCCUUUGGGAAGGACCUGUGACCGAGAGCCACUUUUAUCAGUGUAUCAACUUCACGGCACCCCCUGCAACUUCUGAGCCGCUGGCCUUUGUGGAGUUUUCUGUCGAAGGCACCACACUUCACUUCAACAACAGGAGAGGUGUGGCUCUCCAGAACAGAACCUCGGCAGUCUUUAUCCAGACAGAUAAGCCUAUUUACAAACCUGGCCAGAAAGUCAUGUUUCGGAUCUUCACUCUGAAUGACGAGUUUAAACUGGUUAACAAAGUGUAUCCGUUGAUCUACAUCACGGAUCCCCAAAGCAAUAGGAUUGCUCAGUGGAAAAAUCAAACUUCUUCCACUAGCUUCUUACAACUGGAAUUGCAACUUGAUGAGUUCCCCAAUCUGGGAAACUAUAGAAUCGUUGUUGCUGAUGAAACAACCUACGACAGUGAUCAGUGGUUUGAAGUAAAAGAAUAUGUGUUGCCAACAUUUAGUAUGAAAACUGACGUACCACAGAGGGUCUCGCCUUUUGAUGAAGAGUUCAAAGUCAACGUUUGUGCCAAGUAUACCUAUGGCCAACCUGUCCAAGGGGUCGUCCAGCUUCGUGUGUGCAGGCAGCGCUAUUACCACCCCCGGUGUGAACGGGAUUCUGAGGGGAUAUGUGAAGCUGUUAGUGCACAGCUGGAUAAAGACGGCUGUGUUUCCAACAUGAUCCAGACAAAAGCCUUCCAACUUCAUGCUGGUCUGGGCCGAGAUCGCUAUUUCUAUGUGUCUCUUCAAGUAAGCACAGUUUUGACGGAGAACGGAACAGGUAUCCAGAAAUCGACAAGGGACUAUGUCUCCGUCUACCUAGCCAAAAAGUCCGUAUCUCUGGAACACGUAGAUCCAUACUAUAGACGACAAAUUCCAUACACUGGAAAGAUACGACUGAGAGAUGAGGAUUACGCCCCCAUUGCGAAAGGGCUGCUCUUUCUGGAGUUUGACGGGAAGAUUUUGGGAAACUUCACCACAGACGAGGACGGCGCUGCUCAGUUUUCCAUCGACACCUCCGACCUCUAUCAGCCUAGCUAUAAACUGAGGGUUUACCAUGAACCAGAUCAAUGCACUGAAUAUGGCUGGCUGGAAACAGAUCAGCCAGAAGCCACAACGCAAAUCAACCGCUUCUACUCCCGGACUGACAGCUUUGUGAAGGUAGAGCCAGUUUUGGAAGAACUAAAGUGCGACGAGCAAAGGCCAGUGACUGUGCACUAUGUCCUCAACACAGACCACCAUGAGGGAAAGACCGCUGGACUUGACUUCUUUUACGUGCUGCUGAAUCAAGGCAAAAUUGUAGAUGGUGGCAAACAGCAAGUUAGUGUCAACGUUGGACACCAUGGCACUUUUUCUAUCUUACUGGAUGCUGAUGAGAAACUGUCUCCAAGGGCCAAACUGAUGGUUUAUAUCUUGCAUGACAAUGAGCUGGUGGCUGACAGCAUCUCCUUUGAAGUCGAGAAGUGCUUCCGAAACAAGGUCAGUCUGGAAUUCUCGGAGAAGAAAGCCCUACCUGCCUCUACCGUUGAGCUGAACAUCGAAGCUGCCUCUAAUUCCAUCUGUGCCUUACGGGCUAUAGAUAAGAGCAUCCUUCUUUUGAAACCUGGCGGCGACCUGUCUCCUGGGAGCGUACAAAGCCGACUUUCUCAUAUGCCCAUUUAUGGUUAUUAUUUUGGAGUUCUGAAUCUGGAUGAUGAACUUGUGGAACCAUGCAUUGAGCUGAAAGAUACCUUUUCAAAAGGCUUAUACUAUCUGCCUGUGAAUGUUACCAACGAUGGGAACGUCUUCGAUAUUGUCAAGGAGUUGGGUCUCAAGGUCUUCACCAGUUCAUCAUUGCGGAAACCUGUUGUGUGCAAAAGCGAUUUGGAGUGCAAGAAAAUUUCCUCGGAUUAUAGUGACAAUGAGGUGUUUUCUCAUAAGCGUCAAGUAGAUGCUUUGGCCUACGGUGGUUCUGCUGGUGGAAUCAUGGAAACCGUGAGACAAUACUUUCCUGAAACCUGGAUCUGGAAUACGGUCUCUGUCGAUUCUAGCGGAAAGGCCAGUCUCCCAUACACUGUGCCAGACACCAUCACGGAAUGGGAAGCCAACAUGCUCUGUGUGGACAACGAGACUGGGUUUGGCAUCUCCAAGCCUGCACAACUGACAGCUUUCCAGCCAUUCUUUGUUGAAUUGGCGCUGCCCUAUUCUAUUGUUCGAAAGGAAUCCUUCCUUCUUAAAGGCAAUGCCUUCAAUUAUAUGAAUGUAUGCUCGGAGAUAUCAACUAUGUUGGCAGAGUCCCAAGAUUACAAAGCAGAAAAUCUGUCCCCAGAAAACGACAUCACAGAAGUAUGCCCAAAUGAAAGAAAGACCCAUACUUGGAGAAUUCACGCUCAAACACUGGGCCAGGUGAAUUUCACGGUUACCGCUGAGGCCAAAGCCACUGAACUGAGCGUGGGACGUCGGGACACAGUAAUCCGAUCUCUGCUGGUUGAGCCUGAAGGUGUCAAAAAGGAGGUGACCCAGAGCUCUCUCAUUUGUGUAAAAGGAGCAUCCGCCACUGAACUGGUGUCCUUGCAGUUGCCUGAAAAUCUGGUGGAGGACUCUGCAAAAGCUUACGUUUCUGUCCUUGGUGACGUCAUGGGCACAGCUAUGAGUGACGCAGAAAACUUUCUCCGAAUGCCUACUGGUUGUGGGGAGCAAAAUAUCGCCAUGUUCCUGGCCAAUCUUGCCGUCUUAAACUACCUGAAUGACACCAAGCAGCUGACAGAAGAAAAACGAAGCAUGUUCGUGGGGCGCCUGUCCACUGGAUACCAGAGGCAGCUGUCGUACAGAAUCCACGAUGGAUCCUUCACAACAUAUGGGAACCAGUUUGAACAAGGAAACCUGUGGGUCACAGUGCUCACCUACAAAGCCUUGGCGCUGAGCAAGGAGUGGAUAUAUGUGGAUGACAACGUCCUGGACAGAGCCCUGAUCCUGAUUGCAAGCAAACAGAAUCCAGACGGCUGCUUCCGACAGACCGGGGACAUCUUCAAUAAUGCUGUGAAGGAAGGAGAAAAUUAUUCCCUUCUACUGACUGCCAGGGUCGCUGCGGCACUGCUGGAGGCUGGACGUCCCAGUUCGUAUCCAGUGGUGCAGAAAUGUCUCUCUUGCUUGGACACGGCUUCAGCCGGGGGCGCCGACGUUACCUACGAAAAGGCUCUCCUCGCAUAUACUUAUAGCUUAGCCGAGGAUGAAGAACGGCGGCAGAUGCUCUUGGAAGGCUUGAAAAAUGUGGCUACUAAAAUGGGAGGCCUCCUUUACUGGGAAAGGGAAAUCCGGCCCGCACCAGAAACCUUCCGCUCCUUCUACCCUCGCGCACCAUCUGCAGAUAUUGAAAUGACCAGCUAUGCAUUGCUGGCGUUCCUCAGCCAGCCCACCAUAACCCAGGAACUCCUGACUUUUGCCUCGCAAGUCGCUCAGUGGCUCGUCCGACAGCAAAACCCCUACGGAGGGUUCGCAUCUAGUCAGGAUACACACGUUGCCCUCCAAGCUCUGUCCCGCUAUGGGGUCCUCACCUUCACCAAAGAUGCCCAGAACACAGUAGUGAUCAAAAGUGCUGAGGGAACUUUCCAGACCCCUUUCCAGGUGAACAGCGAGAACCGUGUUCUGCUGCAACGCGUUGCCUUGCCCAACGUCCCUGGGGACUACAACGUGGAAGUGCAGGGCUCUGGAUGCGCCUACGUACAGACCACCCUGAGGUACAACGUCAUUCUGCCAUCACAGGCCUCUGGGUUUUCUCUGGCUGUGCGGACAAGUAAUCCUGCCUGCAUGGGUAACUUCUUACCAAGGUUUGAGCUGGUUCUGACAGCCAGCUACACCGGGAAGCGCAAUGUCUCCAACAUGGCCAUUGUGGAUAUCAAAAUGCUGUCCGGUUUUGUCCCUGUCGAAUCAUCUCUACAGCAGCUUUCAAGCCAAGUGAUGCGCAGAGAAAUCAGGAAUGACCACAUGUUGCUUUAUCUGAGAAACGUGUCAUCAAAUACAACAACACUAACGUUCAUGGUAGAAGAAAGCUUUCCUGUAAACAACAACCAGCCGGCUCAAAUUAGAAUGUAUGAUUAUUAUGAAACAGAUGAGUCUGCCAUGGCUGAAUACAACACUGCUUGCCCCCACAGUUCAUCUUGAAACCAACCAAACCAACAGAAAGCAGGAAAAACCACAGCGUGUGCUUCCGUGUUGGAUCAGAUUCAGCAAGCCAUCAGGCCUCUAAAUUGCCAAAGGAGACAUAAAGGAAGGCAGAAUCUUUUUUUAACCUGACAACAGCUGUGAAGUUCUUCAAGGCCCCAAUCCACAUCUUGAAUUCCUCAUUCUUAGAAUAAAACUUUUUAUGACUCUUA